AUGGCGUCAAUAUUGUCAAGUUUUUCUUCUCAGUACAAUGAAUUAUGGAGGGCAAUUAUAAGACCUCCAAGAGACAAAUAUAGUAUUCGGGAUUUGGGCCCAAUGCGGUUUGCUAUAGGAAAGUCUAUUUUUAAGAGAUCAGACUUUACUUUGAGAAAUCGCCGCUUCCAAGCUCUUCAUUGUAGUCAUUUUGAGCCAAUUGAGAAUGAAAGACCAUCGGAAUCUCUUCCUUGCGUAGUUUAUCUUCACGGAAACUGUAGUUCAAGGAGAGAGGCUUUACCAUACGUUCCAUUGCUUCUUCCUAUCGGAAUUACAGUUAUGGCAGUGGAUUUAAGUGGUUCCGGGUUGUCUGAUGGAGACUAUAUAAGUUUGGGAUACCAUGAGAAAGAUGAUCUUUCCGUUUUGAUUGAAUACUUGAAAAGCUCAAAAAGAUGUAGUUCAGUUGGAGUUUGGGGGAGGUCAAUGGGUGCUGCUACUGCUUUAAUGUACUCUGGAGUUGAUAGGGGAGACGGUUUCCUAAGGGGGAUUGUUGUAGAUUCCAGCUUUUGCAGUCUCCGUCAGCUAUGCCACGAGUUGGUCCAUCACUAUGUCCCUCUGCUACCCAAUUUUCUAGUGGAUUCGGCACUUUCAUUUAUAAAAUCUACAAUUAAUGACAAGGCAAAAGUUAACAUAGAUGAGAUUGCUCCCAUUAAGUCUAUUGGCCAUUGUAAGGUUCCUGCUUUGUUUAUUUCAGGUACAAAUGACACAUUGGUCAAUCCCAAUCACUCUAAAAAGUUACAUGACAACUAUGGAGGAGAGAAGAUGCUCAUGAUAAUUCCAGGUAAUCACAAUUCUGAAAGACCUAAGUUUGUUAAAGCUUCAAUUGUAAUAUUCUUUUACUCAGUAUUUGAAUGUUUCAAACUCCCAAAAUCUGCAGAUGCUUUGAAGUCUUUUAUAAAUACAGAUUUAAGCCUACUUUUUAACUAUGAUGAGUUGUACUAUGACGAAAAUGGCAAGCUUCCAAAGCCAAUUGCUCAGUCUUUCUAUGCUAUCCAACAGUAUAUUAGAUACAAGGUUACUAACAAUAGCCCUGUUCCUUCAUUGAAUACAGCAUUUCAAAGAGAUGAAAAUGUUCGAUCUAGUAAAGAGCAUAUAAAGAGAGAUGAAAUGACUAGAUCCGAUUCGAAUGAAUCUUUUAGUAACCAAAACCAGAACAAAGGAAUCCAAAUGCGCCCUCCAGACGUUGACAAGUACAUUGACCGUAUGAUUCCCUUAAAUAAUGAGAACAUUAAGCAAUCUUCAUCAACAAUAUACUCUACAGAUGCUUCUUGUUCUAGAAGCACUACUUUCGAAACAAUUAAUCAGGGAUUGGAGAGAGGCGAUACAAUGAAUACUAUAGGCUCAUUUGAAGAAUUUAAAGACGCUUUUAGUCCCGUUUCUUAUCAAAUUAGGUCAUCAGGUACCGAAUUUAGUAGUGAGGAAAAGUUAGCUGGGCCUGAAUCAAGCUCAAGCUAUGUAACAGCAACUGGGAAUUAUCAAAUAUCUCCACCUGGUACAAAAUAUACCACUAAUAACAGCCAACAAUACUGUAACCAGAAUCAAAAUAUUAUUCACCAACACUCUCCUUCAUACCAUCCAUACGGUUUUAACCAGAAGGGAAUUCUUCAAACAAAUGGUGCUAUGGGAAAUGGUAGUAUAUUGUUAUCUAAUGGAGGAGGGGGAGGGGGAAUAGGCUAUUCGAAUGUUGGUAUGAGUUCUGGUCAGCAGCCAUCUUCAAUAGGGGAGGGAGCCAGAAACUCAAGUAUUGCUUCAAGCUUACCAAAAAAGGUGGCUAAAUAUAACUACCAGAGAAAUUAA